UAAACGUCGUUGAUCGCGCAGUUUGGGAUGAUAAACAUCCUAAUUCAGUCCGGUUGAAACUUUCGGACCGUAAGGAACGAAAAAUAAUGUCGCUUUACAAAUGUGUGUGGGUUUUUGUACUGGCUAGCGCAACGGUGAAAGGUAUUGUUUAUCUGGGGUGUUAUAUGGAUAAUACUACCAAACGUGUCCUUCCACAUGCGCUGGCAGAUGAACGAACCAACAACACACCAGGAGAUUGUGCACGUCGUUGCAGUAACUACAGAUAUGCGGGCGUGGAGUACUGGUGGGAAUGCUUUUGUGGUAAUAUCCUGAACGCAAAUGAAGUGCCGGAAGAGAAAUGUUCGUUACCCUGUCCAGGAAACAAUCGCAUCAAAUGUGGUGGUUUUUCGAGGAUAAGCAUCUAUACCAAUUGGGAAUGUGGUCCACCUCCUACAAUAGCAAACGGAAAUGCAACGUUACGCAAUAGUUCCCAUAUAGCAUACGGCUCAAUCGCUGAUGUUUACUGUGACUCUGGUUUCAUUAGCAAACCCACAAUCACUUGCCUUUCUAACACAUCCUGGGAAAAAGCGACCUGCGAACAACAAGCUCUAUAUAUUGGUGUCGGUGUGGCAGUUGGAUUAGUGUGCGCAGUCGGAGCAGUGAUUGUCAUUAUUGUACUACGAAGAAGAGGUUCAUUUGCGUGCAAAAAAGGGAAGAAUACUGACACAAAUGACACUUCUACCGUCGGAUCACUCACGUUAGCAAUCAGAUCGCAUGGCAAUGAAGGUGAAAAUAAUAAAUAUUGCGUGCAAUCAGUCGAAGGCAAUGUCGAUCAUUAUAACUCAGCAGAUGAACCAAAUGAGGGCAAUAGAGAUACUGAUCAUUAUUAUUCAAACGAGGUCACUGAACAAACAUAUGAUCGUAUGAAAGAUGGUAACGAUGAGUAUGACCUCACAACGAAUACCGUAUCAUCUGAAUUCGAUACCAGGAAACGGGAAAAUAUCUACAACAAACUCAAGACAGACCAGCACGGAGACUAUGACCACUUUGCAAGAUCCGAGCAUAACAUGUCCCGUACGGGCAACGACUACGAUACCACUUAUUUGGCGAGCAAGAACGACGGCAUCGGAGACUAUAAUCAUGUUGUUAGUGCAACCAUUGAACGAGUAAAUUGCACAAAAGAUCGUGAACAAGGUGGCUAUGAUUUUUUGCAUGGGAUAAAGACAAAACUUCCACCAUGCGACGAUACAGAUUAUGCUCACACUAAAAUUUAGACAGAAAUUGAGAAAAGUAAUUAUGGAAUAUUUAUUUGCGUGUUCAUAUUAUGUGACGCACAUAAAUAUAUAACCUAUU